CACCAAGUUGGGCGGCGCCAAGGCAAUUCGGGACGACAACGGUUUCGGAAUGGACCGUGACGUAAACGGCGCCCGUGGGAUAUUCCUGCGGGCUUUGGGAGACAGCCCCUUCCUGCGUGGCUUGCUCACGCAGGUUGCAUCGCAGACAACGGCCGUAUCGUCGAACGUUGUUUAGCGUUUAUCUAUCGGAGGUCCAGUUGUUGAAGCUGGAGGCGGGCCAAAUAACCAGCUGGAAGAAGCUUCCAGCCUCUCAAACUCCUGACGAGGUAAGAAAUGGCUAUAUUCCGUAACGUCGCCGCACUGAACCCCUUCGAACGGCGGAAGCAGAGCACGGCCCGGUACCACAUGGGUUCACAACAGGAGCAACUGGGCGACAUCUAUACGCGGGAUCUCGACCGCGAACCCGCGCCCAUCGCAUCGGUCGCCGUGGGUUCCGCCGGUAUGCAGCGCACCGCGUUCUGGGUUCAGAAGAUGAACGCCAUGGGCGGCUUGGGCCGCAUCCAAUCGCUGGUGGUCUACGACUGCAAUUCCACCAAUAUCCGACAAUGGACCCAAGCCGCCAGUGCGUCCGGCAUCGACAAGCUCAGCAUCUUCCUGCCGAUCUACUGUAUGCCCGCUGAAAGAGUGCUGGAACAGAACAUCCGGGACUACCGGUUGUGGGACGAGGCUGAGAACAUCGUCGGCCCCAUAUCGUCGAUCAUCACUGACAACCGCGCUUCUGGUUCCCUGCAGACACUGGACGAACGGGUGGCCCUCGGCUUGGCCGCCAUGGAGGCUUGUUACCGAUUCCGGCCUGAGGUCGGCACCGUGGCAGAAACGGUGUCGAUGUUCAACCUCAACGGCAGUCGCUGGCUGAGCCUGGAAGCGACGGACCUGCCUUACCGGAUCAAUCAGCGACAGGAUCGGCGUCGGAGCAACCAGGUAGUAUCGCCGGAACGCAAAAUGGCGCACUCCGCAGUGGUACAGUCGCUCAAAGAGGCCAUCUGGCGGAUCGCCGCUCCGGGCAACGACGAACACCACACCGGCUUCUUCGUGCCGCCCGACCAC